CCUAACCCGUCCAGGAUGUCCGGAGACAUAGAGAUCAAGAACUACAGCAGCAGCUCCUCAGGCUUCAUCCUCCUGGGCCUCUCUUCUAACCCUCAGAUGCAGAAGCCCCUCUUUGCAAUCUUCCUCAUCAUGUACCUGGUCACCGUGGUGGGGAAUGUGCUCAUCAUCCUGGCCAUCCGCUCCGAUUCCAGGCUCCAUUCUCCUAUGUACUUUUUUCUCAGCAACUUGUCCUUCAUGGACAUCUGCUUCACAACAGUCAUCGUGCCCAAAAUGCUGGUGAAUUUACUCUCAGAGAUAAAGGCUAUUUCCUAUGUGGGUUGCCUGGUACAGAUGUAUUUCUUUAUAGCGUUUGCAAACACUGACAGCUACCUGCUGGCGUCCAUGGCCAUUGACCGGCUGGUGGCCAUCUGCAAACCCUUCCACUAUGAUGUGGUUAUGAACCCAUGGCGUUGUCUCCUUAUGCUACUGGGUUCUUGCACCAUCUCCCACCUGCACUCUCUGCUCCGUGUACUUCUCAUGUCUCGCCUGUCUUUCUGUGCCUCCCAUGUCAUUAAGCACUUUUUCUGUGACACUCAACCCGUGCUAAAGUUGUCCUGCUCUGACACAUCCUCCAACCAGAUUGUGGUCAUGACCGAGACCUUGGCAGUCAUUGCGACCCCCUUCCUGUGCAUCCUCUUCUCCUACCUACGAAUCAUUGUCACUGUGCUCAGAAUCCCCUCUGUAGCUGGGAAGUGGAAGGCCUUUUCUACCUGUGGCUCACACCUCACUGUAGUGGUCCUGUUCUACGGGAGUGUCAUCUAUGUCUAUUUUAGGCCCCUGUCCAUGUACUCAGUGGUAAAGGACAGGGUGGCCACUGUUAUGUACACAAUAGUGACACCCAUGCUGAACCCUUUCAUCUACAGCCUAAGAAAUAAAGAUAUGAAGAAAGGCCUGAGAAAAUUAAGGGACAGAGUUCACUCAUAG